AUGAUUGAGGGAAUGGUGAAGGAUGGUGUUAUUGAACCUUCAUCUAGUCCAUGGUGUUCACCUGUGGUGCUGGUAAAGAAGAAGGACGGCAUCAUGCGGUUUUGUGUUGACUACCGCCGCCUGAACGACGUUACGAAGAAGGACAGCUAUCCCUUGCCUAGAAUUGAUGACACGCUGGAUAUGCUCACAGGAGUAAAGUGGUUUAGUACGCUGGACCUGAAAAGUGGCUACUGGCAGGUUGAAAUUGACCCUAAGGACAAGGAGAAAACUGCAUUCUCCACAGGAAAGGGUCUGUGGCAAUUUAAAGUCAUGCCGUUUGGAUUGUGCAAUGCUCCAGCAACGUUUGAAAGAUUGAUGGAGCUUGUACUUACCGGGCUAAUUGGAGAUGCCUGUCUGGUCUACUUGGAUGACAUCAUCAUCGUAGGCCGUACGUUUGAGGAACACCUUCAAAACCUGGAACGCGUGCUCAUGAAGAUCCAGAGUGCCAACCUCAAGUUGAGUCCGAAGAAGUGCUCACUAUUCAAACGGCAAGUUAGUUUUUUGGGGUAUGUAGUGUCGGAAGAAGGUAUCCGCACGGAUCCAGAGAAAAUUGCUGCUGUCAAGGAGUGGCCGGUCCUAAAAGACAAGACACAGGUUAGAGCAUUUUCGGGUUUGUGCUCUUAUUAUCGGCGAUUUGUGAAGAACUUUGCAGGUAUAGACAAACCUCUGCACAAGCUAACCGAGGAGAAGCGACACUUCUGCUGGGAUGAAAGUUGCGAUAUUGCAUUCCAGGAGCUCAAGAACCGUCUGUGCAAAACACCUAUUUUGGGGUACCCUGAUGCGGGCAAGGAAUUCAUAGUUGACACAGACGCAAGUGAUAUAGGACUUGGCGGUGUGUUGUCUCAACGGAAUGGUGAUCAAGAGAUUGUGAUAGCGUACUUCAGCAAGUCGUUGUCAAAGCCGGAAAGGAACUAUUGUGUCACAAGACGGGAAUUGCUUGCUGUAGUAAAGUCCUUGCAGCAUUUUAGCAAAUAUCUUUUAGAGCGGAAAUUCCACUUACGAACUGACCAUGCUGCACUGAAAUGGCUAUUGCAGUUCAAAAAUCCGGAAGGACAAGUUGCGAGAUGGAUUGAACUACUGCAGGAAUACGACUUUGUGAUCGAACAUCGCAGCGGGAAAUCUCAUGGCAAUGCAGAUGCAUUAUCAAGACCUUGCCCUUAA